CUAUCGUUACCCGAGAUGGAAAUGGCGGCGAUUGCUGCGGAGAAGACGACCCAGAUGACGCCAGACAGCUUACCACUCUCGGAGCCUUGACUACACACUCCUCCCAAACUGCGUCGGCGGGUCUUAACCCCGUGAAUCCCCCAAUUUUCGCCGCUCCAAUUCGCCCAUCCGUCCGCGCGCCCCUCGCCGACCGGCCGCCGGCGUCCUCUCGCCGGGGUAGUCAGUGGCGCACGGCGCAUCGCUGUUGCUCCCUCCGGCCGGUUCCUUUCGUGUCCCUCGCUUUUGAGCGGGCAACGUCCAAGAGAUAUUAUCGCUGCCGCUCCGCUGCCCCGCGCAAGGCCGCUCGCUGUCCCACUCGCGCGCCACGCCUGACGCCUCGGACCCGGAGGUGUAUUCCCUCUUCUUCCCCCGUGCUUAUCCGCGGCGGAAUCCAAUCCCCUCCCUCAUCACGUCCUUCUCCCAGGCAAAGCCCCCUCUUUUUGGGCGUAUGCCCCCGCUGGCGCGCCUAUGAUUCCCGCCGAUUCAUCCGCCCGCUCGGUCCAGCAACCCUUGCUGCUGCAGUGCUGCGGCUAGUUCGGUGGCGGGGAAGGAGGAGGAGGAGGGAUCUUGCAGUGGGGCGAAGCGGAGAUGUCGUCGCCGUUGAACAACCGGGGGACGUGCUCCCGGAGCAGCUCUGCGCGGUCCAGGCACAGCGCGCGGGUGGUGGCGCAGACGCCCGUGGACGCGCAGCUGCACGCCGAGUUCGAGAGCUCCCAGCGCAACUUCGACUACUCCUCGUCGGUGAGCGCCGCCAUCCGACCGUCGGUCAGCACCAGCACCGUCUCCACCUACCACCAGACCAUGCAGCGGGGCCUCUACAUCCAGCCCUUCGGCUGCCUGCUCGCCGUCCACCCGGACACCUUCACGUUGCUCGCCUACAGCGAGAACGCGCCCGAGAUGCUCGACCUCACGCCACACGCGGUCCCCACCAUCGACCAGCGGGACGCGCUCGCCGUCGGCGCCGACGUGCGCACGCUCUUCCGCUCGCAGAGCUCCGUCGCGCUGCACAAGGCCGCCACCUUCGGGGAGGUCAACCUGCUCAACCCCAUCCUCGUGCAUGCCAGGACGUCGGGGAAGCCCUUCUACGCCAUAUUGCACCGGAUCGACGUCGGCCUUGUCAUCGACCUUGAGCCGGUCAACCCAGUUGACGUGCCAGUCACUGCUGCGGGUGCGCUUAAGUCGUACAAGCUCGCCGCCAAGGCCAUCUCCAGGCUGCAGUCGCUGCCCAGCGGGAACCUGUCGCUGCUGUGCGAUGUGCUUGUCCGUGAGGUGAGCGAGCUCACGGGCUAUGACCGGGUCAUGGCGUACAAGUUCCAUGAGGAUGAGCAUGGUGAGGUCAUUUCCGAGUGCAGGAGGUCUGAUCUGGAGCCGUAUCUUGGCCUGCACUACCCAGCCACCGACAUCCCGCAGGCGUCCAGGUUCUUGUUUAUGAAGAACAAAGUGAGGAUGAUAUGUGAUUGCUCUGCCACUCUGGUGAAGAUCAUUCAGGAUGAUAGCCUAGCACAGCCUCUCAGCCUCUGUGGUUCCACCCUCAGGGCUUCCCAUGGUUGCCAUGCACAGUACAUGGCAAACAUGGGUUCUGUUGCAUCGCUUGUGAUGUCAGUGACUAUAAGCAAUGAUGAGGAGGAAGAUGUUGAUACCGGGAGUGACCAACAACCGAAAGGCAGGAAACUGUGGGGGCUGGUCGUCUGCCAUCAUACAAGCCCGAGGUUCGUCCCUUUCCCACUAAGGUACGCUUGCGAGUUUCUCUUGCAAGUAUUUGGCAUACAGCUAAACAAGGAGGUGGAAUUGGCUGCUCAGGCAAAGGAGAGGCACAUCCUCAGAACGCAAACCCUUCUUUGUGAUAUGCUCCUGCGGGAUGCUCCUGUUGGGAUAUUUACCCAGUCACCUAAUGUGAUGGAUCUAGUAAAGUGCGAUGGAGCUGCAUUGUAUUACCAGAACCAGCUUUUGUUGCUCGGAUCAACACCCUCCGAGUCAGAGAUAAAGAGCAUUGCCACAUGGCUGCAGGAGAACCAUGAUGGUUCAACUGGGCUGAGUACUGACAGCUUAGUGGAAGCAGGUUAUCCUGGUGCUGCUGCACUUCGUGAAGUUGUGUGUGGCAUGGCGGCUAUAAAGAUCUCUUCCAAAGAUUUUAUCUUCUGGUUCCGAUCGCACACAACAAAGGAGAUCAAGUGGGGUGGGGCUAAGCAUGAACCGGUUGACGCAGAUGACAAUGGCAGGAAGAUGCAUCCACGAUCUUCAUUCAAGGCCUUCUUGGAGGUGGUUAAAUGGAGAAGUGUUCCCUGGGAGGAUGUUGAAAUGGAUGCUAUUCAUUCUUUGCAGUUAAUAUUACGUGGCUCCCUGCAAGAUGAAGAUGCCAACAGAAACAAUGUAAGGUCCAUUGUAAAAGCUCCACCUGAUGAUACGAAGAAGAUACAGGGGCUACUUGAACUAAGAACAGUUACAAACGAGAUGGUCCGCUUAAUUGAGACAGCAACCGCCCCUGUCUUGGCUGUCGACAUUGCCGGUAACAUAAAUGGAUGGAACAAUAAAGCUGCAGAACUAACAGGGUUACCUGUAAUGGAAGCCAUAGGGAGGCCUCUGAUAGAUCUUGUUGUUGUUGAUUCUAUUGAAGUGGUUAAGCGGAUUUUGGACUCAGCUUUACAAGGAAUUGAAGAGCAAAAUCUGGAAAUCAAGCUUAAAGCAUUCCAUGAACAGGAAUGCAAUGGUCCAAUAAUCUUGAUGGUUAACUCCUGCUGUAGUCGGGACCUUUCAGAGAAAGUCAUUGGAGUUUGCUUUGUAGGACAAGAUUUGACCACGCAGAAGAUGAUUAUGGAUAAGUAUACUAGGAUACAAGGAGACUAUGUUGCCAUAGUAAAGAACCCCAGUGAGCUCAUCCCUCCCAUAUUUAUGAUCAAUGAUCUUGGUUCCUGCUUAGAGUGGAAUAAAGCUAUGCAGAAGAUUACCGGUAUACAGAGGGAAGAUGUGAUAGAUAAGUUGUUAAUUGGGGAGGUCUUCACCCUUCAUGAUUAUGGCUGUAGGGUGAAAGAUCAUGCUACUCUAACGAAACUUAGCAUACUGAUGAAUGCAGUGAUUUCUGGUCAGGAUCCUGAGAAGCUCCUUUUUGGUUUCUUCGACACAGAUGGGAAGUAUAUUGAAUCCUUGCUGACAGUGAACAAGAGAAUAAAUGCUGAGGGUAAGAUCACUGGCGCUAUUUGCUUUCUGCAUGUGGCCAGUCCAGAGCUUCAGCAUGCUCUCCAGGUGCAGAAAAUGUCUGAACAAGCUGCCACAAACAGUUUUAAGGAAUUAACUUACAUUCAUCAAGAAUUAAGGAACCCACUCAAUGGCAUGCAAUUUACUUGCAACUUAUUGGAGCCUUCCGAAUUGACAGAGGAGCAGAGGAAACUUCUUUCAUCUAAUAUUCUCUGUCAGGACCAGCUGAAAAAGAUUUUACAUGACACUGAUCUUGAAAGCAUUGAACAGUGCUAUAUGGAGAUGAACACAGUAGAGUUCAACCUUGAGGAAGCUCUUAAUACGGUCCUAAUGCAAGGCAUUCCUUUGGGCAAGGAAAAGCGAAUUUCUAUUGAACGUGAUUGGCCGGUGGAAAUAUCACGCAUGUACCUUUACGGGGACAAUUUAAGGCUUCAGCAGGUCCUAGCAGACUAUCUGGCAUGCGCCCUUCAAUUCACACAACCAGCUGAAGGACCUAUCGUGCUCCAGGUCAUUCCCAAGAAGGAAAACAUUGGGUCUGGCAUGCAGAUUGCUCAUUUGGAGUUCAGGAUUGUCCAUCCAGCUCCAGGCGUCCCCGAGGCCCUGAUACAGGAGAUGUUCCGGCACAACCCAGAGGUGUCCAGGGAGGGCCUCGGCCUGUACAUAUGCCAGAAGCUGGUGAAAACGAUGAGUGGCACGGUACAGUACCUACGAGAAGCCGAUACCUCAUCGUUCAUCAUCCUGAUAGAGUUCCCAGUCGCCCAGCUCAGCAGCAAGCGGUCCAAGCCUUCGACGAGUAAAUUCUGACACUCAUGCUCCUGGAACUGCAGUGAGAGUUCGGCCGUGUCAAAUUCUCGGGUGUAGUUGGUCAACUGACUGUGCAGUCUGAAACAUCGGUUGGUCAGUUCUGGUAUCUUAGCACGUCUGUGUAACGCGGGUAGAUUUGGUUGUUUGUAUUUGGAGAGAUAUAAAGCUAGCUGGCUAGGUGUAACGUAACUUCGACCGAUAACUGUAUGUGAAUGAUGAGCUGUGAGGAUGAAUAAAAGCUUCACUUGUGUUCUCUA